CCCCCCGGUCCCGGUGCCUUGCAGCAGGCGCCCAGCAGCGGCGGCGGGCGGCCGUGCUCGGUGCCCCGCGUCUCACGGUGUCGCCGCCCCCCGCAGGCCCGGGAGUACUGCCCGGGGGUGAACAACCAGCCCUACGUGUGUGAGACCGGGCACUGCUGCGGAGAGACCGGCUGCUGCACGUACUACUACGAGCUGUGGUGGUUCUGGCUGCUCUGGACCAUCCUCAUCCUCUUCAGCUGCUGCUGUGCCUACCGGCACCGCCGGGCCAAGCUGCGCCUGCAGCAGCAGCAGCGGCAGCGGGAGAUCAACCUCAUCGCCUACCACGGUGCCUGCAACUACCCCACCUCCAUGAUGGAUCUCAGGAUGCUGGCUUCCUUCAAGCUGCCUGCCUACGAGGAGGUGGCCCACCGGCCCAGCACGCCGCCGCCGCCCUACAGCGCCAUCCUGGCCCAGCUGAGCGGGCCGCGCAGCCGCCUGGGCUCCAGCAGCCUCACGCUCUCGCCCAGCUCGGAGAACUACACCAGCUGCUCCUGCGAGUCGAGCUGCGUGACGUCCCCCAGCAGCACCUCGCUGUCGGUGCAGGUGACGGACGAGACGGAGCGCAGCCGGGCCAGCACGCCCAGCGAGGAGGGCGGCACCAGCAGCACCGGCACCGGCGCCAGCUGGGAGCUGCCCGAGGAGCUGCCCCCCCGUCCGGCCCCGCACAAGCACGCCCUCUUCUCCUCCAACGUGGACUUCUUCGAGGCCGACUGCCACCGCUGCUCAGACAUCGAGGAAGGCGAGGAGGAGGAGGAGGGCGGCGCGGCCCCGGAGGAGGGCGGCGAGCACUACCGGCACCGGCGCCUGACGGGCGACUCGGGCAUCGAGGUGGGGCGCUGCCAGGAGGAGGAGGGCGGCGAGGAGAGCGAGGGCGAGGCCGUGCGCCUGCUGGGCAAGGCCGGCCCCGCGCCGCCCCCGGCCCGGUGCAGCAUCCCGGCCGAGGGGGGCGGCGGGGAGCCGGGCGCUCCCACCCUGCCCGUCUGAGGGGCCCGGCCCGGCCCUGCCCCUGCUCCUGCCACACCGCCGCCACCAUCACCCUGCCCGCGGGGCCGGCCCGGUGCUGCCCACGCCUCACCCCACCGCCACGGCUCGUGCCGCCGCUCCCCGCCUUGGAGCAGCCGGGCUGGGGGCACCACGGUGCCGAAGCCGCCCCUGCUCAGAGGGCCCCGGGCGCGGCGGGGCUGCCUUCCCCCGCCUCCGCUCCCCGCUGCGGCCCCGCGGGCUCUGCCGCCAUCCCCGGGCUGUGGACUCUCGCCGCGGAGCCCCCGGGAUGGCCCCGCCGCGGUGCCCCCCGCUGUCCCCUCUGAACUGCUUCCAGGGAGCUGGGCCCCGGCCGGGGGGGCGGCUCCGUCCCGCCGCAGCCUGCAGGCCUGUGUGCGGGGUCCGAGUAGCGUUCCCUCAUCAUUAAAGAGAUGUGGAAUUACG